AUGCAUUAAUGUACAUGUGCGAUGAAUGUUUGGUAUGCAAGUUGAAGUAGACACAGAAUGUUGUUAUGUGGCAAGUUGCUACAGCAACAACCAGACGCCGAGAGCUCCCUAGCUAAUGCAAAAGAGCGCACGCCCUGUGCCCCAUCCAGAUCCAGCCGGAACUCGUGGAAUGCGGCUUAGCAAGUUGAAGCUACCGCAGUCGCUGCCGCUGCUUGUGGCACACCAACACGCGCUCAGUUUGCCUAUACCUGGGACACACAUACACACGCGCACACAGCUACAAUUGCAGAUGUGCAACAUAGACAGAGCGCCCGAUCAGGUUCAGGUUAUUUGCUUGUUGCACAGUGCAUCAGCAUUCAUUAAAUUUUGUUUUAUUUUUUGACUUUAGGUUGCAUUUGGUAGAUAAAUGCAAAUCGUUAACUAACAAAACGGUCACACUUACAGCUAAAUUCGAACGAUCCGGCUAGUUUGCCAAGAAAGAUCCGGCAUGUGUACCACGGUGCGGCGGUGCUGUUUGUUAUUUUAGCGUCAGCCUUGCGUUCGCUCUAUCUCUCGCCCAGUGUGUGUGUAUGUGUGUGUGUGUGUGUGUGUGUUGCCUUGUUAACUGGUUAUGCGAAGAGUGGACGCAGCAGCCCCUGCGGCUAGAACCAACGGCUGAUGCCGACUGCGAACCUGACGACGGCGACUGAUAGUCGUUCUUUGUCACUUGAUCGCUCUCAUCGUUCACUUGUCGCCCGCUCCAGCCACACACACACACACACACACAUACACUCUCUCUCACACACACACGGAGACAGCGAUGGCAGCCAGACUCUCCGCUUGGCCGUUUUGUUUUGCUCUGCCGUCCAGUUGCUGCUCGUGCCUCAAACCCGCCGCGUCGCGCUUCGUAACAACGCCUCUUGGCCAGAAAAAUGCCGCUGCUGUGGCCCAGCUUGGCCUAGACCCGUUCAUCGAUAUACAUUUUCAUUUCAACAUAUUCAAUUGCUGGCUUCGCAGAUUUUGGCAUUGUUUUUUUUUUUUUUAUUUUUUUAAUUAACUUAGCCAUGGCUAUGCAAAUGUCACAGACGCCGCACGGAAAUUAAAGAAAGAAAAAAACCGACAACAAAAAUAUAUAACAAAAUAACAAAAAGUUGCAUAGACACCGCGGCACAAGGUAAUCAUUAUGUGAACCAACCGUGGAACUGUGAGACAGACUUACCCAGGCAGCAGCAGCAGGAGCAGGAGAAGCCGCCGCAGUCGCAGGUGCCAACGGCAGCAAAACAUAGCAGUUGGAGGAGGAAGAAGCAGAGCAAGGCAGGGACUAACUAGCUGGACAGGAAAUGCUGAAGCACGCCUCGAAUGCGAGCACGGCAACUGCCGCGGCGCCUGUCAACGGCCAGCUGCUGCGCACGGCCAACGGCGGCAGCAACAACAGCAACAGCAACAACAACAACAACAAUAGCAGCAACAGUAGCAGCAAUAAUCCACCCUCAGCGCCGGCGGCAACAACAGCAACAACAACAACAGCAGCAAGAACAAACGCCACCAGCCCCGUGCCAGGCGCAGUCGCAGUUGCAGCCGCAGCCGCAGCAGCAGCAGCAGCAGCAGCGGCAGCGGCGGGCACUUCACCAACACCGGCAGCAGCUGCCGUUGCGAGCACCGCACGCAAUAUACACCUGCGACCGCCGCAGCCGCUCAACAUAUCCGCGCUGAAUGCGUCCGCGUGCAGCGCAACGCUGCUGAACGGUGCGUUGCGGUCGGGCGGGGGCGGUUGCGGGGGCGGCUCGACGCUGCUGAAUAUUGCAACGGCGGCGACGCCAAUGAAGCCGUUAACGCCGCUGACGCCUAACGGUAAUUGCAACGGCAACAGUCUGCAUCAUCAUACGUAUACGAACCAGCAUAUGUUGGCCAGCAGCAGCAGCAGCAGCCAUCAGCAGCCGCAGCCGCAGCACCUGCCCCAGCAUCCACUGCACAACAACAACAACAACAACAACAAUAUGAACAACAACAACAACAACAACAAUCUGCACAAUUAUAGCCACUGCAACAAUUUGGGCAUGAAUCCAAAUUCUGUGCUGCAGGCGAGCGUCAAGCCCACAAAACAUGGCCCGGGACCGCGCGAAGUGCUGACCAGUCUGGGUCUGCUCUGUUUGGUUUCGCUGCUGUUGGCGCUGCUCUCGCUGAUGUUUCUGCUAAAGAUCUCGCCGAACAGCCGCGAGGAUGCGCUGACGCGCAGCAUCAGCAGCGAGGAUUUCAUCAUCGUCUACGAUGUGACCCUGGCGCUAUGCGCCCUGUCGCUCUCCCUGAAUCUCUGCUGCCUGCUCGUUUGCGCCAUACAAUUUCUGUUUGCCGUCAAGCUGUUGCGCUCACCCAUGUUCGAUGGCCGGGACAACAAGUAUCUGGAAAAGUCGAGUGCGAGCCGUACUUGCGCUGUCAGCGGCUUUUUCAUCUCCAUACCCGUAUUUCUGACCGGCAUCAUAUUGUAUACGUUUAAUCAUUUCCAUUCGACGCCGGCGAUCAUCACAAGCAUCCUCAUCGGCGUGGGCAUUGUCUUCUGUGGCGGCGCCAUGGUCCACAAUGUGUUCGUCUGGCAAAAGGAGAAGACAAUCAGCUACCGGAGUCCGCCGUUGCCGCUGAACAUGUCGCUGCUCUCAACGGCGACGACGCAGCUGCCGCCAGUUCAGCUAUUUAACAAUGCCGGCUGCCAGCCGAUGAUGCCGCUAUUUGGACAACAGAAUCAUCAUUCCAUGCUGCAGCAUCAUCCCACAUCGGUGACGCCCGUCUCGCCCAAUCAUUCGCACGGCAGCUUCAAUCCGCUGCUGUGCGCUGCCAGCGCCAACAAUAAUAAUAAUAAUAAUAAUGGUAUCGGUGGCAUCAUCAAUUCACCGUUCCUGGUACGUCCGGCGACGGCGACGCCGCCAACACCCAAACCGAUUGCCAUUGCUGCCAAUGGUAGCUGCCUGAUGGGACGCGAGGCCAGCGGAUCGGUCAGUCCAGGCAUACCGCCCACGCUGGAUAUGAGCAACAUAACCAUAUCGCUGCAUGAGCUGUCCACGUUGGUCUAGACGCCAAAUCCAUGCCAGUCCCAGUGCCCCCACAAAUACAAAUAAGCGAUAAGCAUAGCCGUUUAAUUUAAAUAUAUAAGUAUCUGUUUAGUUGUAGACGACAUCCACCGUAAAGUGUUUAGCUUUAAUGAUGUCCCACUUGCCUGCCGCCCUGCCGCCCUGUUGCCGUUUAUGUUUUAAACUGUUGUAUAUAUUUGUAUAUAGUUAUAAAGAAUUUUUAAUACAUAUUUAAUAUAUUUAAACUUAACGUCUCCCCUGCGCUCAAUCGCCUGCCUGUUAUCGAUAUAUAUAUAUAUCGUUUUGUAAGCUUUGCCAAACAAUUGGGCAACGCCAAAAACACAUGCCAACAGUUUGCAACAUUGUAAAUCAUCAGCUCCUUUUUGUUAUUUUGAAUUUCUUAUGUCGUUCGCCUGCCCUCCAAUGACUACUAUCAUUGUUUCAACUGUUGUAUAUAAUUGUAUAUAACUAUAAUGGUUUUUAAUACAUAUUUAAUAGAUUUAUAUUUUUGUUGUGUUCGAUGUGUGCAAUCGAUUAUUUCGCCACAAAUCGAACAACGAAGCUCGCUGUUAUCGAUAUAUCGUGGCCGUGUAACAUAUGAAGUUUAAAACUGCCAAAAACGAUUGGGCAACACCAAACACACAUUCCAACGGUAGUUAUUCCCAUUUAAAAUGUUUGAAAUUCCUUGUGCAGAUGCUUCAAA